AUGAAUCAUCAUCUCUCUCUUGAAGGACAGGAUCCAAAGAACAAUACAAGACUUUUAGAAAAACAAGAACGGGAUGGCAAGAAGAGAGAAAUACACGGUGUUCCUCUCAUGACCUUGGACGAGUUUUAUAGGAAAUACUUUUUCAGAGAAUUGCCUACACCACGUGUGAGCAAAUGCACAAGAAGAACUCAUCCCGUGUUCACGAAAAUUCUUGGGAAAUUGAAUCACGAAUUAGAAAUUUGGAUUGAAGAAAAGUCCAUGAAGGAACAUGAAUUUAUGAUUCACAACGCUGCAUGUAUGAGAAAAGCAUUGAAAAGAGAGUUCUCUAUCAAAUAUAUAUUUGUCUCUGCUUUUUCACGAAUUAAGGAACAAGAGUUGAUACGCUCCAUUCAAGCGCAGGUUUCAAAUAAUAAUAUUGCAACAAGAAAUUGGAGUUUUUUGAGUGAGCUUGUUCAUGUUGAAUUUUUCAAGUAUUUGACGGAUUUCGAUUUUCAUAGAGUCCGUAUACGCAAAGGUCUGGGAAUUUAUUCUCAGUUGCAGCAGACCGAUCACCCGAUUUCAUAUUGGAAAUUUAUUUUAAAUAUGAAAGACACUAACAAAAGUAAUAUGAUAUCACUACAAAGAAUGGUGUUUGAUUGGACCAUAUUUAGAGAACAUCAUAAUCAACAUUGGGUCAUUCUUGAUUUUUUACGAGCCACUUCAGACGUAUUUGCCUCGAUGCUUGAAAAUGAAGAAGCUGAAACUCUGUCACAACAUGUUUCUUUGGAUUCUAUUUUUGAUGGAAUAACACAUUAUUUACAAUGCAAAUUCUCAUCUAAAGAGCGAACUAAAUUCAUGAAAACGCUCUUAUUACGUUUUUUGAGAGAUACUUUUAGCCAUACGAACAGAUAUAUGGCAAUAUUUAUUUUCGAGAAGUUUAAACAACAUUUUCGAAAGACUUAUAAUGUACUUUUUGAACGACCUUUGCACAAAUAUGUAAAACUUAGAUCUCGCUAUGGCUAUAGAGCCCCUUCAUCCAAGAAUUCAUUAUUUUCUCUUUACAUUGACAGUGAAUACCAAUUAUUUUUAUUAGAAUAUUACCUUAACACACUAUAUUUUGAGACCGAGUUUCUUGUCAAAUUCAUAACACAAAGUUCAGAUGAAUAUCGUACAAAGAUUGGAUUAAUUUAUUAUUCAAGUUCUAAUGCAACCCCUACUUGUGAAUUUCUUGACUUUAAACCCACAGAUGUAAACGAAGGACUUAAGACAGUUUUUCAAUGUCGCAAAGUGUAUGAAAAAUUUGGAAAAGAAGCUCGUUUUGAGAAAGAUUUAGAGAAAGAGCUUAUAAGAACGGUAUUGGGUGUUUCAGGGCAUGAGUUUUUGUUGAACUUGUCUCAAAAUGGGUUGAUUUCAAAAUCGUUCACAGAACGAUGUACGAAAAACAUUUUAUUUUCAAUUUGGGAUAGACACAUAUUUCGAGAUUUUGAUGACAAGUUGGUUACAAUGUUGGAAGAUACACAAACAAUACUCUCUAAAUUCGAUACGGACGGAAGGUUGUCAUUAGAAAAAAUUCAUCUUCCUCACAAAAACUUGGAUCAUUUUGAUAGUUUCGACUUGCAAGAAGCGAGUCAAAAAUUCCCCAAAUGCAUACGUAAACAAAAAUCUCACAAAGAAUUCAAGAGAGUGUAUUUUGAUGUAUUGUAUGAAGCCAAUCCGUUGUGUUUGUUCUUACUCGAAGUGGGACGUGACACUAAUGCACUAGAGAAGGUAUUGAAUCAUUCAUUCUUUUCUCAAUAUUGGAACACAACAGUAACUGUACCGUAUUUGUAUGACAUGAUGUAUCCACAACCAGUCGCCUUGGGCCACGAAAUCCUCUAUUGUUACGAUGAUAGCUAUUCUUUAGGAGAUGUUUAUUUUAGAGUUUAUUUGAAAAAGAUGACAUUGAAGCAAUUACUGUAUGAAUUAAUUGAGAAAAACAAGGAAAAGAAGGAACAGAGCCGCUCCGUUUGA